AUGUCGCGACGAGGCCGAAUCCCUUUCACUUCAACCUUCAUCUUGUGCUUCUCCCUUGCGAUCCUGGGUCCGUCCCGUGGCUUUCUUCAAUCUGGAGAAUUAUGUCGGUCUCCCCACAAUUUGCAAAAAAGUACCUUAACUUCGCUAUGUGCAACAAUUCCCAAAUCAAAGAAAAAGCCGAGAAAAAGGCGCGUCAAGCACAAAGCGUCUCAAGGAAGUCCAUUGAAUUUGAACGAACUUUCAGAUCAUGUCUCAGAAAGCUACAUUGCUAGUCGGCAUGGAACCAUAGGAAGCAAGGCAAUGUCUAGGGGUAUUUUUGAUAGAGGGGAUGGCAUUGAUGAACAAGCAGAGUCCCUCAAACAAUUGAAUGCCCGACCUGCAUUGGUCCUCAAUGCCGACUAUCAACCAAUGACUUACUUACCGCUUAGUCUGUGGUCGUGGCAAGAAGCCGUCAAGGCUGUCUUUAAUGGCAAAGUUCAAGUUGUCGAUGUCUACCCCGAUAUCACUGUCCGAGCGGCUAGUCUUGAAAUCCCCCUUCCAAGUGUCAUUGCAUUGACCGAAUAUGUCAGACCAGCUAGCACGACACCGGCAUUUACGAGACGCAAUGUCUUUCUCAGAGACGAAUAUCGAUGCCAAUACUGUGGGGAGCAUUUCCACACUGCAGAUUUGUCAUUGGACCAUGUUGUACCAAGAUCGCAGGGAGGUGUAUUGAGUUGGGAUAACGCAGUAACAUGCUGUAAGAAGUGCAACGGUAGAAAGGGAUCCACACCAGUAUCACAGCUAUCAAAGAUUGGAAUGCGACUUCUGAAUCCGCCACGAGCUCCUACACAAAUGCAGCUUGCAGCCAAAGCUGCUAAAAUGGUUCCCAAACGUGUCCAUCCCACGUGGAAGCCCUACAUUGGACUCGCAACCACUCCAUCUUCCUUCUCGUCAUCUGAUAGUGCAUCAACUGGUGACGAGCAGUUCAUUGAUGAUCGCUACUUCGAAGAGUGA